CCUCUUCCGGGCCGACGGCUAGGGAGGCGGAAGUGCGGUGUUCCCUAAGGCUGCGGUCUCCGAGCGGGCGGAGGCGAGCCUCCCGAAGUGGGGGCCCGGCCGGAAUGGCGGCAGCGGCGGCCGGGACGGGGACUUGGGCGGCCCAGGAAAAGCAGUUCCCGCCGGCGCUGUUGAGCUUCUUCAUCUACAACCCACGUUUCGGGCCGCGCGAGGGAGAGGAAGAAAAUAAAAUUUUGUUUUACCAUCCAAAUGAAGUAGAAAAGAAUGAAAAAAUUAGAAAUGUUGGAUUAUGUGAAGCAAUCGUACAGUUUACAAGGACUUUCAGCCCAUCGAAACCUGCAAAAUCUUUACACACACAGAAGAAUAGACAGUUCUUCAAUGAACCAGAAGAAAAUUUCUGGAUGGUCAUGGUUGUUCGGAAUCCUAUCAUCGAAAAGCAAAGUAAAGAUGGCAAGGCGGUAGUGGAGUACCAAGAGGAGGAACUGUUGGACAAGGUGUACAGCUCAGUGCUCCAGCAGUGCUACAGCAUGUACAAGCUUUUUAAUGGGACGUUUCUGAAAGCCAUGGAAGAUGGAGGUGUCAAGCUCCUAAAAGAGAGAUUAGAGAAAUUCUUCCAUCGGUAUUUGCAGACGCUACAUUUGCAAUCAUGUGACCUCCUGGAUAUCUUUGGUGGGAUCAGCUUCUUCCCGUUGGAUAAAAUGACUUACUUGAAAAUCCAGUCCUUUAUUAACCGAAUGGAAGAAAGCCUGAGUGUAGUCAAAUACACAGCAUUCCUGUACAACGACCAGCUCAUCUGGAGUGGACUAGAACAAGAUGACAUGAGAAUUUUGUACAAAUACCUCACCACCUCACUGUUCCCCAGACACAUCGAACCUGAGUUGGCGGGAAGGGACUCCCCAGUAAGGGCGGAAAUGCCGGGAAAUCUUCAACACUACGGAAGAUUUCUUACUGGACCCUUGAACCUUAAUGAUCCAGGAGCAAAAUGCAGAUUCCCCAAAAUUUUUGUAAAUACAGAUGACACUUAUGAAGAGCUCCAUUUAAUUGUUUAUAAGGCCAUGAGCGCAGCUGUGUGCUUCAUGAUCGACGCCUCCACGCAGCUCACGCUGGAUUUCUGCCGAAGAUUGGACAGCAUCGUCGGGCCGCAGCUCACAGUGCUGGCAUCUGACAUCUGUGAGCAGUUUAAUAUCAACAAGAGAAUCUCUGGGUCUGAAAAAGAGCCCCAGUUUAAGUUCAUCUACUUCAACCACAUGAAUUUAGCAGAGAAAAGUACAAUUCACAUGAGGAAGACGCCCAGCGUGUCACUCACGUCCGUCCACCCAGAUCUAAUGAAGAUUCUAGGGGACAUCAACAGUGACUUUACCAGAGCAGAUGAAGAUGAAGAGAUCAUUGUGAAAGCCAUGAGCGACUACUGGGUUGUGGGGAAGAAGUCUGACCAGCGGGAGCUCUACGUGAUUCUCAAUCAGAAGAACGCAAACCUGAUCGAGGUCAAUGAAGAGGUGAAGAAACUCUGCGCCACACAGUUCAACAACAUCUUCUUCUUGGAUUGACUCUAACGGCUCACAACACAUCUUUAAAAACCUCAGCAAACCUUUGUUUACCAUUACAACUUACUGGUCAUGAUAGUGACUGGGUCAGUGACACUCGUAAAGCAAUACCUGCUUUGAGAAAUCGAAUUUCUACGUGGUCUGAUGAUUCCCCGAGGUUUUUAGAUGUUAGAUAUCUAUGUGGAAUUAAUUAUAGUCAGCUGGCUGUCACCCCAUCCCGCUGACUUCACGUGGAUAUUUUACUGGGAAAGGAGAGUAAUAAAUUGUUAAAGUUUUUAAAAA